AUGGUUGACGCAUUUUUGAACUUGCCACGGCUGGGAACAACUCGCAAUCCUACAUAUGGGACUGUGGUGUAUGCAAGAAGCACCUAUGCCAGUGGAAUGGUAGCCACAAGGAUUGUAGCGUCCAAGACCAAGGUUGCACCGUUAACCUCAGUGAGCAUCCCGAGACUAGAGAUGAUGGCGGCGGUCCUAGGACUUCAACUCAGUCUGAGCAUUGUAGCAGCAUUGGCCACCAAUGUCAAGGAGGUGGUGUUUUGGAGUGAUAGUCAAAACGUUCUCUGGUGGAUAAAGCGACCUAGCAGAAAACUGAAACCUUUCGUUGCCAACCGAGUAGGCCUGAUACAACAACAUACAGACCCUCAACAGUGGAGAUAUGUGCCAACCAAAGAAAACCCAGCAGACCUGCCUUCAAGAGGUGUAAGAGCAAAAGACCUAGCAGAGUCCAGCCUAUGGUGGGACGGCCCAGAGUUUUUACAGAGGGAUUCUUCAGAGUGGCCAGAGAGAGUUGUUGGACAGGGAGAUGAAGUCCAGGAUGAAAUGAAAAAUGAGAGCAGUUACCUCAGCUUGGAAGAAAAGAACAGUCUAAAACAAGUGAUGAACCUUGCAGAUACAAGACUAGACCCUUCCCGAUUCUCCAGCUGGCAGAGAUUGACACGUGUUCAUGCAUGGGUGCAGCGGUUUAUCGGAAAUUGUCAGGCAGCCCCCACUGAGAGGAAACAAGGAGAACUAGAAGUUGAGGAAGUAAAAGCGACUGAGUUACUCUUGAUUAGACAGUGCCAAAAAGAAGCCUUUGCAGAGGAGUAUAGCGCGUUAUGCCAUGGAAGGGAGCUGCCCAAGUCCAGUCAAAUAGCUGGCCUGACGCCAAAAUUAGAUGCCGACUUCUUACUUCGUAGCAACAGUCGUCUAGCUUAUGCUGAUAAUCUGUCCUAUGAAGCCAAGUUCCCGAUAAUACUACCGAGAAAACACCACGUGACCCAGUUACUGGUGAGAUUCUACCAUGAAAGAGAGAAUCAUGUAGCUGGGACAAACAAGAUCUUGUCAGAGAUGUCAGCCAAGUAUUGGAUUAUUAGAGGUCGAGAGGAGAUCCGGGAUUGGGAGGCUAAGUGCGCAGCCUGUGAACGUAAGAAGGCAAGAGUAACGUCACAAUUGAUGGCCCCCCUGCCAAGAACAAGAGUGAGUCCACCAAUGAGAGCCUUCUCAGUUUCUUCAGUCGACUAUGCUGGACCGUUUCUUACUAAGCAAGGACGAGGGAGAGUACAAACUAAGAGAUACCUGUGCCUAUUUACUUGCCAUGCCUCGAGGGCGGUACACUUGGAGAUGGCAUAUGCUUUAGAUACCAACUCGUUCCUGAAUGCCUUCAACAGAUUUACUCACCGUAGAGGCGUCCCAGUAGAAGUUACUUCAGAUAAUGGCACGAACUUCGUUGGGGCUAACCGAGAAUUGAUGGAAUUGGUCACCCAGCUGGACCAAGUGAGAGUAACUAGAGAUGGAGCAGCGCGAGGAAUAAAAUGGAGGUUUAAUCCGCCACAUGGACCUCACUUUGGUGGAAUUCAUGAAAGUCUGGUGAAGAGUGCAAAGAAGGCGAUAUAUGCUGUACUUCAGAAAGCAGACAUCACAGAUGAAGAGCUGAGCACUGCAUUCACUGGAGCUGAAGCCCUGCUCAAUUCCAGGCCGUUGUCUUACCAGUCAGAAGAUUCCAAGGAUGCUCCCCCUAUAACACCUAACCACUUUCUAUUUGGUCAGUGCGGCGGACAGUUUGCCCCAGAAGAGAUAGAUAGCUCAGAUUUCAACCCAAGACGACGAUGGAGGAGAGUUCAGGAGCUACUGAAGGAAUUUUGGUCCCGGUGGUUAAAGGAGUGGCUCCCUCUGUUGCGUCAGCGCCACAAGUGGAGAGAUGUCAAGAAGGAUUUAGAAGUAGGAGACGUUGUACUGGUGGCAGAUCCUGGAUCAGUGAGAGGAGAUUGGCCAAUGGGACGAGUAACAGAAGUGUUUACCGGCAGAGAUGGUCAUCGUCGAGUGGUCAAAGUCCAGGUUGGCGAGAAGACUAUGAUAAGGCCAAUCGUCAGGUUGUGCCCCCUGCAGUGCUGA